AGUAUGGCAGCGGGUGUCAAGUUAUGCGCGUGAUUUUAAAAUAUGUUGCGCAGAAUGACAAACGUUAAUAAAAUAUCGUGAACUUUAACCAAACUUUAACAGUCUUUCGUUAAAAUAAUAAGUGAAGUGUUGUGAUUUGUGUUUAAGUAAUUAAAUCUUAGGUAUCGCGUAACAGCGAACUCAAUACGAAAUAACUACUGCUACUUAAGACUUUACCUAAAACUUUCAACUUUAUCAUCUUCUUUUCUGUCCUUAUCGAAAAGAUGUACAUUGGAAACGAUAUAACCGAAACAAAGUCGAGUAAAAAAGCAAAUGUUAUAAGUCCAUGAAUAGAAGGAAGAUCUUUAAUAGAUAAGAAACUGGGACAUCAAGACAACACAAGGAACGUGAAACAUACAUAAGAAUUGAAGAAUACUGUCUUCAAUAACUAACUAGAAAACCAAGGAACAAAUGCAAUGGAUAGUAUCGUAAUCAAUUAGCUACAUACAGUUGUGAAAGAAGAAAUAUCCAAAAUGUCUACCAGUAAUGAUCUAAGUGAUGUUGAAGAGGCGCCUAAACUCCGUAUGAAGCCCGCUGUGAGCAGUAUAUUCUGUUGUAGUGUGACUGCUGCCUCUGGCUUCAUUGCUGCGUAUGCUCUUGUGUCCUACGCAAUAGCUUUGAUCUACGAAAUAGUAUGGGUGGUGGAGUCGCAAAGCGGCUUGCCUAUAGCAUCCGCUCUUCUUAUGAUAUGUUACUGCGUGGUUAUCGCCGCUACAGUUGUUCUGGUGCAUGGACUUAUAUCUAAAAACAACACGUAUCUACUGGCGUGGUUGAUAUCUGUUAUCUUGGUGCUGAUACCGGAGUGCGCUCUAGUCUUCUAUAUGUCUAUAAGUCAUUGGGGUCUUCAAGGUGUAUACGGAGGAGCGGAAUUAGCAUGUUAUGUCGCUCGAUUACCUGCCAUUGUUUGUGGUGUGGUGUUGGUACAAUCUGCGUACGCGCUGCGUGAAGCCAGGAAAGCAGAAUAUGGUACAGGUAUGGGAGUGGGUGGUAGCGAAUUCGACGCCAGCCAUUACGUUCCGGAGCCUACGCCUGCUUUCACUAAUGAAGGAUUUAUGCCUGAUAAUGGCAAAUCCGGCUCAAUGCCUGACCUCAGGCGCCAUCUAGCGUCCCGCCAAUCGCACAUGGGCUACAUGAUGGCCCAACCUCCACCAGCCUACUGGCAACACUUGGCUGAUCGGCAAUACGCGGCCAGCCUCCGACUCCCCAAACAUUACCCACCACCACAAGCAUUUGGCACAUGGGUUGGCCCACGCACUGGCCCAUAUGACAAACGUCGGCACUCCAUAGUUGGCGCGUUUGACGAAUACCCGACGAAAUAUGACUAUGACGAUAGAAUGGAGUGUAAAAGUGAGAUAUCUUAUCCGUAUAGACAAUAUUAUGACCCUAGAAUGUUUCCUCCAGACUAUGAAAGAUAUUAUCAAGCUCAAGACGCGUAUGGUGUUAAUUUAUUAAGACAUGAUCCUUAUCAUUUUAAUAAUAGAGAUAGAGAUAGGUCGUUCUAUGCUGUGCGAAACAGUCAUACAUCUGUUGGUAAUGAAUCUGAUGAUCUGACUAAAUAUAAGGACGUUGCUUUAUAAGGAAUAAAAUCUAUAAACUAUUUUUGAUGGAUUACUUCGUCUAAAAUAAUAAAUAUUGUACAUAAAAUGAAUAAAACAAGCAUGUAUUGGAAUAAAGUUCAUUCAAAUGUAGAGGCUCGACAUAAAAAUAACUAUUGCUAGCUGAUAACCAAUAUUUGCGUUUUCACUAUGUAGGAUAGUACAAGGUUGUAUGGAUAUGCGUGAAAUGUCAUUUUGACAGUUGAGUACAAACAUAACUCAUAUAAACAACUGAAAACGCAAUACUUCAAGUAAAAAGGUUUGAUUUUUGCGGAUACAUUAUUUUCCAAUAAUGAGUAAAUUACAAAAACAAUCAAACUAUGAUUUCACAUAUCACAAAAAUUAAAAAAAGCGGAUGUGUUCUAUGAUACAAAUCUAACAACUUGUAAUUAAGUUUACAAUUUUUCAUAAAAUAUUCUAACAACACAACGCAUGAGAUAACAAAAUUGUUUAACGAUAAAAUACCAUGACUAAAAGACGAAAUAUCCCACCAAAACAGUGAAGAGCGAUUUUAAAUUUUCGGAUUGGAUAUAUUGUAAUUAUAUUUCUUUACAUCAUUAUCUAUAGACAAAUUGUAGCCCAAAAGCUCUCUCUACAUCAUAUUUGUUAAAUUAAAUAAAAUUACAUGGAUGAGCUAUGUUUCAUUUAAAUAUUGACUAAUUCCAGAGUAUUUUUAAAAAUGGAACAGUCACAGUACCAUAUGCAUAGAUAAUUAAUAAAGAUCUCUUAUCUAUGGCUAUUACAGAUAGUUACGUGUAGUUAACAUUGUAAGAUAUUUAGUAUUCCUACGUACUUUAGUUAUUUAAAUCAUUCCGUCCGGUGUUGUGACUACAUUUAACUAUAAUGGUGCUUUUCAAUUUUAUAGUUAAGUGUUAUGAAGUUUCAUAAACUGAUGUCGCGGUCGGCGAGAACUAAAUUUAAUUUAGUUAGUACCUAUUAACAAUUCUCAUUAAUUCUCUGGUUGCGUAAAAAUAUAAAGGAUGGAAUAUUCAUUGUUUGUUUCUUAGUUUCUUGUCAUGACAAGAAAGAUAGAGACAACUCAAUUAUGAUAUAAAUAAAUAGACAUCCCGUUUUAUUCCAAUUUACUUUAUUUACAAAGAGUGAAAUUAAGCUACGCGUGUAGAUAUAAAGAGAAGGAAAAACAUAUCGUAUUCGAGAAAAAUCUUUGUAUAUUUAGAAAAAGAUACCCUAUCCAUUUCUUUCUACUGUGGCGACAAAUCUUCAAAGUUCAGAUGCAAAUUGCAUGUGCACAGGCAGAUGAGAUACCACGAUUUUCUGUCACUUCGUUUAUUCGUCGUACAGCUAGAAAUAUUAUUGCAUUCGCUAUUUCUAAUAUACUGUAUAAUACCUAGAAUGCAACUAAAUUUAGUGUUGCUAGAAAAUGCAUAAUAGUACCAAACCUUUGUUAAGGUAUAGAAUAAGAUUGUAUUACCUUUAUUAUACCAUAAAUAAUGUAAAUAUUAUACAUAAAACUAGGAUAAAACGAAAUACAAGACAUAAUUUGCACAAUAAAUUUAAAAUUUUGAUGCAGGUUAUGUUUUGUUUACAUUUUCAUAAAUGGAGAACAAUAAUAUGAAAAAUAUAUAGCAUAAUUUGAAGCAGACUUUCAGAGUAUUUCACAGAAAAUUAAUAGCCUAUUUGGCUUUGUAGUUCUUAUGUAAUGUGACAAGUUUGUUUUUCUAAUGAUAUUAUUCUCUGUUUACGAAUAUUAAAAUAAGCAAUUAUUUAGUUACGUAAUUUAGUUAAGUUACCUAACAACCAAAGUAUUGUUAUAUUUCACAUAAAAUUUUCAGUCACUACUUAAGGAUGCAAAUAAUAAAAUAUUUUUAUAAAUA